AAUUGGAACAGUUGGAACUUGGAAAUUGGAUUCCCGGUUUCUCGUCUCAUCUUGUUUUUUGUUCAGUUUUUCCGUAAAUUUAUCAUGGAUUUUCAAUUGCUUUCUCAUUAAAUUUCAAAUUAUUUAAUAUAAUAUAAUUUAUUCGAAAUAAAAACCACUUAAAUUACAAAUAAUUUGUGUAAUGACAUUCUAUAGUUAAUUUCUCAGUUAAUACUUUGUACAGCUAAACUUGGUAAAAAUGGACACAAAAUUUCCUACAAAAAAUGCCAAAGAAUUUGCCAACGAUUUGUUUGAAACAUGUAACUUGAUUGAAAUCGAAUCUCUACAAAGUUCUUUAAAAAAAGAUGUGGAGAAAAAGGCAGACCAGCUAAAAUCAUUAGUGAGCGAAAAAUAUCGAGAUCUUAUUGAUGCAGCUGACACAAUUAGUUCUAUGGCAAUAAUAGUUAGUGACAUAACAAAUGUUACUGAAAAUAUUUUAAAAACAAACCUGACUAAUCCUAAUUCAACAUUAGAUAGUAAAGACAAUUUACUUGAUACAUUUGCUGCUCAGUCAAAACUUUUAAUUGAUUUAACUGAACAAAUAUGGGAUUGUUUGAACUCCAGAAAUUAUUUAACCGCUACUCAAUUGUUUCAAUUGGCUUCAUGUGUUAAAACAAGUUUGAAUGAACAUUUAAUUAAAGGCCUUAAAAAAGUUAAACCAUUUUUGGACAGGGUUUGGUCUACAAUAUCUCACUUUCAAACUACAAUAUCAGAUAAAACAAGAUUAGAAUUAUCUGGUCACAUUUCCCCAGAAAAAGCAGCAUGUUGUUUUAUAAGUUUAUCAAUAUUAGAAAGAUUAGAUGCUCAUUCUUUAGUUAAAGAAUUUAUUAUAUUACGUUCAAACAUGUUGCAACAUUCAUUAACAGAAGGAAAUUCAGUUGAAAAAAAUAUUGAAAACAGUUCUAAUUUAAUAAUAAAUACAAUUUACAAUUUAUAUUUAUGUUUUACAAACUAUGAUCUUUACAAUAGUGGAAUGAUAUAUUUACAAAUUAAGAACAGUUUUAAUAAUGGACUAAAUGUAUUAUCAUUAGUAGAUUUGGAUUAUUCAUUAAAAUUUGGACUUAUAUAUUUACCAGAUUCUAUUAAAGAAUUCAAGAUUGAUUGUACGUUAUCACCAAAUGAAUUAUCAAAAGACUACAUAACUAAUAUUGUUACUAAUUGGUUAGAUUGGGCAAAACCAUUUGUUUGUACCAAAGUCACAGAAAUUUUACAAACUGUUCAAUCUUUUUCAACUCUUCGUCACUUAAAUCAAUUGUCAACUGAAUACCCUCAACAUUGGACCGCUAUAUCUGAACAAAUUUUAUUUGAAUCUGAUUUGUGGUCUGAAUUAUACUGUCCUCUUUUUGCUCAAAGAACUAAAGAGUUGUUAACCAGUCAUUGGGAAGAUGUUUUUCCUGUAAUUAUCUCAGAUAUAAACAAUGCAUUAAUACAACCAAAAGAACCUUACUUGCAAGAUAGUUUAUUUUCUGAUACUGAUGAAUAUUUUGAAACUCGUUCGAUAGGUUGUUCAGAUAGAACAGCUGAAUUGUGUGCAUGUAUUGAAAAAAGAAUUUCAUUAUUAGCAGAUAUACUAAGUGAAUUGAAUUCUAAAGAUGAAGAUCCAUGGGCUUUAAGGCAACAUCAAGGAAAUUGUUGUAACAAUUUCAUUAUUAGGUUGGGGAAAAAUAUGGUACAAUUAGUUGAACAAGACACAUUAACCGAACCUGGCAUAUUAUUAAUAGCUAGAUUUUUAUGGUUCAUGCCAGUAUUAUGUACAACAUUAAAACAGUGUUUAGUAUCCUUAUACCAACAGUUUAAUUUUUGGACAUUAUCAAAAGAAGAAAUGGAAAAUUCUUCCAUAGUUGUUUGGAAUAAAUGGAUAGAAGUAGUGACUAAAAGAAUGUUUGAUGGUUUAAAAGGAAAUAUUUUUCCAAUUACGCUUGGAGAACAACUAUCUACAAUCCCGAAGUGGGACAUUUUGGAUAUAGAGGUGGAGAAAGAAAGUGGAGAAUUAGUUGUGUCUAAACUACAAGUUCCAAAUCAACCCACAUUUCCAUUGCAAAACUUCAUUCACGAUAUGAUUCGGUGUCUAGCUUUAACAUUACCUCCAAAAUUUGUUCAAGAGAAAACCAUUGCUUUAUGUAUUGAAUGGAUAUUGAUUGAAUAUCGUAAUAAUAGUGUACUCGAAAUAUCAUUGAAAUCUAGAUAUCAAAUACAAAAGUUAUUUGAUCUCAAGUACAUCAAUCAACUUUUUAUUGGCAUUGAUAACCAAAGUUUAUCAGCUAUCUGUUCAGAGCAAAUAUCAGCAGUUGAAAAUCAAAUUGAUCCAAUCAAUCUAGAUGUUUUGGAUGAAUACAUUGCUAAAAAUGUUAAACGUGCUGUGGCUGCGACUAAAUGUAUUUUUGGUACUAUGUAUCCUAAUCAGUUUUUACAGUCAGAAUCUUCAGAUGAAGCAAAUAAUUUGAUGUUUAGCACAUACAGAUUUAAAUUAUUUUUAGUCACAGAUUCAUAAAUGAUAAUAAUAUUUUUGCAUUAUAACCUUAAUUUAUU